CAGAAUUGACGGGGACACUGGUUGGAUACAUGUGAGUGACAGUGCCAUCGUGGAGCAAUGCGGCGGCUGUACAUCGGUGGGUUGAGCCACACGGUCACCCAGAAGGAUCUGAAGGAUCGAUUCGGAAAGUUUGGAGAUGUGGAGGAUGUAGAGCUCCGGACCAGGAGGGAUGAGGAGGGUGUUCCUUACAAAACCUUCGGCUACAUUAACAUCAAUAUUUCAGACGCCGACCUGAAGAAAUGUUUGACAGUGCUGAACAAGUCUAAAUGGAAAGGAGGAACUCUGCAGAUUGAAACAGCCAAGGAGAGUUUCCUACACAGACUGGCUGAGGAGCGGCAGGCGGCAACAGAGGAGCGCCACCAGAAGCCUGCAGCUGAAGACAAGAGGCAGAAGAUGCUGGAUUCCCUGAGCAAAGCCGGAGUGGACAACUUCAUCAUGAAGGCUGCCGUGCCAGGGACCGAAAUACCAGGACACAAGGACUGGGUGGUCAGUAAAUUUGGACGAGUCCUCCCCAUCCUGCAGCUCCGGUGUCAGAAAGGCAGCAAAGCUCGAGUCCUGAAGUACGACCCCUCGAAAUACAGCCACAAUAUCCGCAGGCUGGACCGGUCCACCACAGACCAGCACACACCUGUCACCCAGCUCACCUGGGAGGUACAGGGAGGGGAUGAUGACAUCAGCAAGAAGAGGCGGGGAGAGUUCCCUCCAUAUGAGCCAUCGAGACCCAAGAAGAGUCGGACAGACAUGGUUAACAGUCAUAAUCCAGUGGGCACAACCAGAUUUAAACAGACAGUUAACUCCAUUGAUCAGACUGAGCAUCUUCAGUUCACCAACGGGUAUGAACAACCGACCAGCCACCGACUGGCUCAGAGGAGCAGGGCCGUGACUGACAGUGAUUUCGAUUCAGACGAGGAAAUCCGUAGACUGGUGGCAGCUCAGAACACCUCCCAUGCUGCAAUGCAGCAGGAAGUGGACGAGGAUAACCUGGAAGUGGUUGGACUCGACUACUUGGUGAAGUCUGAACGUUCCCAUCGGCAGCAGAAAGGUGGUCCUGAUGAUGAAGAAGAGAUUGACUAUGACUCCGCAGAUACGGAUGAACUCCUCGCCUCCAGGAAACCUCCUCCUCCACCAGAGGAGAGACUGAGUCCGCCUGCUGCACAGCAGCUCUCAGGAAACGACACAGACAGGAAGAGAAAGACAAAGAAGAAAAGCAAAGCUGCAGAGGAAGAGGACAGUUCAGCAGAUGAAGAUCAAGAAGAUCAUCUCACCUCCAGGAAACCCUCCUCUUCACAGCAGAGAAGGGAUUCUGGUGAACAGAGUAAAAGUAAGAAGAUGGCAGUCCUCCCUGUUGUAAACCCCCCUUGUUCAGAAUCAGACAGUGACGAUGAGGAUCAAGAUGAUGAAGAUGAGGAGGAGUUAGAAUCAGCAGAUUACAGUUCAGAUUCUGAUUAUGAAGCCAUGUUUUCUAACGUCACCCAUCUGGAGAUCUCCCUGGGUGAUCUACAGAGGCUAGCUGAGGAAUCCGAGCAGACUUCUGGGACUACAGCUCCCAGCAUGCCCAGCGCCUCCUCUGAACAAGAAGCUAAACUCACGCCUGGUCCUGCUGAACGGCCCGCUCCAAAGAAAGGCACCUCACCAGAAGAGAUCCUCGCCGCUCUCAUGGAGGAGGACAGCAGUGAAGACGAGCAGAAAAAGAAAAAGAAGAAAAGAAAAGCCGUCAUGUCAACGCCGCUGCCUGCCUUCCAGGGGACGAGAGCGCUGAACGAAGGAUCAGAAACAGAGGAGUGUCAGAGGAGACAGAAAGAGGAGGAGGAGGAGGGAAGAGUAAGUGAGGUUAAAAAACAGAAGCUGGACUCUGAAGCUCCUCAGAUGAAUCACAGAGCAACAGACAGCAAAACCAGCAGGACUCUGAGCAUACAGAAGCACACAGAAACAGAGGAGAAGACUUCAGAGAGCAGUGAGGAGGAGGAGGAAGAAGAAGAGGAGGAAGAGGAAGAAGAAGAAGAGGAGGAGGAGGAGGAGGAGGAAGAGGAAGAAGAAGUAGAAGAAGAGGAGGAGGAAGAAGAAGAGGAGGACAUGGCUUCUCCACAAGUUUUGAAAGUGGUUCCAACUAAAGCUGCAGUUAACAGUGAGAAAGCUGGGAGUUCCUCCUCUAGCAGUGAUGAGGAGGAGGAGGAGGAGGAGAUAGAGGAGGAGAGGGUAGAGGCCACUAACACUGUUCUUACAGCGAAAGUUGCAGCAAAGGCUUCACCUUCAUCCUCCAGCUCCUCCACUGAGGAAGAAGAGGACACACAAGAGUCCUCCUCCAGCGAGGACGAGGAGGAGAAAGAAAAGCAGGCUCCUCCCCGGGUGCCGUUAGGAGCUGAGGAGGAAGAGGAGCGGCAGAGGAAGGCCAAUAUGAGGAGGCUGGCUGCCAUCCAGCAGCGACAGAAAGAGGCCGAAGAACACAAGAAGCUCAUCCAGGGGGCUCUAGCUAAACUGGAUGCUCCGACAGCAGGAGCCGGGAAACACAUCGUCUUUGGCUCUGAGGAUGAGGAUGAUGAUGAAGAUAAGCAGCAGACAAGCUCAGACGUCACAACGUCAAAGAAGACACUGUUCCAGAACAGCCAAUCAGAGGAUGAGGCCACGGGUGAUGAGAACAACACAAGAAAAGGAACGGUGCAUCUGAAGCCAUCAGUUCCUCAGCUGUUUAGCAGCAGUGAGGAUGAGGAGGAUGGUGAUGAAGAGGAGGACGGCAGCAGGUUUGACAUCAGGCCUCAGUUUGAAGGUCCAGCAGGACAGAAGCUGAUGGAGUUGCAGUCUCGCUUCGGGACAGACGAGCGAUUCCGGAUGGACUCUCGCUUCCUGGAGGAGGACGAGGCCCAGGAAGGGGAGUCAGAGAGAAAGAGGAGUGUGACGGAGGAAGAGGAGGCUCUGGAGGAGGAGAGGAAGAAGAACCUGUCCAUCCUGCAGAGCGUCCUCGGCAGCAGCCAACAAACCUGCAGCAGCAAGACGGCCGCCAAGGCCAAGACCUUCAGAGACGUCUCAGCGCUGCACUACGACCCCAGCAGAGAGGAACAUGCUGCGUUUGAGACCAAAACCACUGAAACCAAGGAGAGCAAGUCGGCCAGGAGGAAGAAGAGGGAAGAGGCUCAGAAGCUUCCGGAGGUUUCUAAGGAGAUUUACUACGACGUGUCCGGCGACCUGAAGGCCGUGUUUGGUCCGACGAAGGAUGACGACGCUGGAGGAGAAGAGAAGACGAGCUGGGACCAAGAGGAGGAAGAGGAGGGAGGAGGGAAGGAAGAACAGCCGACCCCUCUGUCAUCUCUUCUCUCAGCUGCUGCCAGCGCAGAGAAAGAGACGUUUAAAUUCUCCUUCUUUGGAGACGACGCAGACGCAGGAAGUGCAGAGACGGCAGAGUACAAGAUGGAGACGAUCCAGGUGCCAAAGGUGUCGUGGCAACAAGACCCACGUUUCCAUGACAGCAGCUCAGAGGAGGAUGAGGAAGAACAGGAGGAAGCUGAGGAACAAAGCAGAGUCAUCACUAAAACCACAGAAGAGGAAGCUCCUUCAAAGACACAUCGAUUCUUCUUCUACCCUGAAGACAGCAGGUUGACAGAGGGUCCCAGGUUGUUCUGUCGGCCUUCUCACCUGGAGGAGCAGAGGGAGCACUGGGAGGAGAGGAGGAGCGCGCUCAGACAGGAGUACCGCAAGAAACACAAGGAUGCCCGAAGGCAGCUGAAGUCCUCCCAGAAGAGCUGAGGAUCGUGGGAAGUGAAGUCUCUGUGGGUCCGUUUGCACUCUCUGGUCUGGACUUCAGAAUCAGGAUCUGAUGGAUUAUUUCUCCCUCUUGGUGCCAUUUUGUGCCUCAGACUGAUUUUAACAGUCAGCAGGUGGGAGGUACAGACAUGGAGGGGAAAGAUCAUCAGAGGAUCAAAUUUAUUUUUUAUUUUAGUAAAUACUGAUAUAUAUUUUGUGGUAACAGCUUCCUGUUGAAACAUCUGGUUUGGUUUUCGUCGUUAGCUGCCAUGGAAACAAUGCUGCAAAUGAACUUCUGGACAAUGAGCAGCAGCCAAUCACAGCAUCAGGGGACCAGACCUGUUAUGAAAAAAAAACAAUAAAUAAACACACUU